AUGCCAAAUUUUCAAUCUAUUAGUGAUGCUAUCAAAAAGUUUAAUGUUUACACUAGACCAGUCAGUUUAUUAUUGUUAAAAGAACAAGGUCAUAGAACUUAUUUAGGAGUUUUUCUUACAUCAAUAUUAGUGAGUUUAGUAGUUUUGGUUUAUUAUAGUGGUCUUGUAUCACUUAUUGUAAGAAAUAACCCUAGCGCAAUUAGUUAUACAACCUAUUCUGAAGAUUAGAAACCAUUUUAUUUGGCUCCUUAAAAUUUUAGCAUAGCUAUAGCUCAUAAAGGUAAUGACCUUAUGACUUCAUACAUCCUAGAGGGAUCAAUUGGUUAAAUAGAUGGGUAAUAAUAUUAUUUGAUUUUAUAUAGGUUUACUAUUCAAGAAAUACCUCUGGCUAAAUGUAUCGAUUUCGAAUUUGAUGAUCCAACCCUAAAUUCUUAUUUUGAUAAGAGUGAUUAGAUUUGGUAUUGCAUUGAUUGGAAGUCUCUCAAUUCAAUUGUUUUAGAAGGAGGUUUAGAAUCCUCCAAAGAUAAAUCAUUAUAAAUCAAAGUUAAAUAGUGCACAUCUGCGUAAAUUAUAAAAUUUAUAAGAAGGACCUAAUGCAUUACACCUAAUUUCCAAGAUAGUGAUUAGUUUUUGCUAAAAAUGACAUCAGCCAACACAGACAUUUCAAAUUUCAAAAAGCCUGUUACUUUAAUUGGAAAGUCCUUUUCAAUUACUUCAAUGUUAAACUAUACUAAGAAACUCAAUAUUAUAUUAUAGCCUUAAUUAACUUAAACUGAUAAUGGCUAUAUUGUAUAAGAUUAAUAUGAAUAAACAGUGUUAUCCAUUUCUAAUUAUUAUGAAACAAUUCAAGAUAAAGGUUCAGAUUAAUAAAUAUUUCAAAUAAAUAUAUCUUUAGAUCAAAAAACUAAAGUAACAUAGAGGUCUUAUCCUAGAGUAUAUUAAUAUUUAGGAGAUAUUGGAGGUUUUUGGGAAAUUAUUUAUUUAUGUAGUUUAUUAUUCAUUAUGCCUUUCAAUAAUUUAUCAUAUAGAGUAUCCUUAUUAAAUGAAUUAUUCAAUUUUGAAAUGGAUUAUGAUAAUAAAGUACAUCCUGAGAAUAAAGGUAAAGCAAAAGUGAGAGAAAUUUUAAAUAAAUCAGUUUAAUUAGAGAAAUUUAAUAGAAUGUCAAAAGUAGCUGAACAUGAUGUAUAAUAAAAAUCAAAGUUGUUAGAUUAGAUUUCUAGUGAUAUAACUUAAUUUUUUAAAGAACAAGAAAGUCGUCUUGAACUUUAAUUUUUUGAUUAUUUUGGAUGUUGCUAAUGUAGAAAAGGAGGUAAAAGAGAUCUGAUAAAUUUUUCAAUGGGAAAGAUCACACAUACUUUAGAUAUAACUUAUAUAAUAAAGAAAUUAUAGGAAAUAGAUAAAUUAAAAUUGAUAUUGUUGAACUCAGAUCAAAUAAAAUUAUUUGAUUAUUUACCUAAACCUAAAUUAGGUUUGCAUAUGAAGGCAAGUGAAAAUGAAUAUUGUUCAAUAUUAAAACCUGAAUAAUCAGAUUUAGAUAAAGCAUUAGAAGCUUAGAAAGCAUUUUAAUAAUUGUAAGAUUAGGAAGAUGAAAUAACACCUAAAUUAGUAAAACUACUAGAUGAGGAUCUUGUUGCUUUAUUUAGAUUAUAAUUAAAUAAAGGAGUAAAUAGAUCUUUAAAGAAAACAGGGUAAUUAGCUGAUGCAGUAUAAUAAUUAAUUAUAAUGAAUGCAAAAGAAAAAGAAAUGGAAAAGAUAAAUAAAAAGAAAAAGAAGAAAUCUAAUAAUUCAGAGAAUUCUGAUUCUUCAGGUUCUGAAAAUUGA